CGCCCAAGCCACAGCCAUCCCGCCCCUCACUCGGUCGAAGUGCAGACGGUCCCUAAGCUCUGCUGAGUCACGGUGGGGAGGGCCAAGCUCGGCAGAGUCACCGGGAAGGGGUGCGGCUCGGGUUCUGUAGCCCCUUAGGCUCGCCCCGCCCCCCGGUGCCCUUCCUUAAAUUGGCAUGGUGGUUCCUGGUUGCUGCACGACUCCUGGACAAACCCCGGCCACCGCCAUCAUGUCGCAGGUCCGGCCCGUCACGGUGCUGGGCGCCAUGGAGAUGGGGCGCCGCAUGGACCCGCUUGCUAGUGCCGCGUCCGUGCGCGCCUUCCUGGAGCGCGGCCACGCGGAGAUCGACACUGCCUUCGUGUACAGCGAAGGCCAGUCUGAGAGCAUCCUAGGCGGCCUGGGGCUCGGGCUGGGCGGCAGCCACUGCAGAGUGAAAAUUGCUACCAAGGCCAACCCAUUGUAUGGGAACUCACUGAAGCCUGACAGCCUCCGGUCCCAGCUGGAGACAUCAUUGAAGAGGCUGCAGUGCCCCCGGGUGGACCUCUUCUACCUGCACAUGCCAGACCACAGUACCCCAGUGGAAACGACCUUGCAGGCCUGCCACCAGCUGCAUCAGGAGGGCAAGUUUGUGGAGCUUGGCCUCUCCAAUUAUGCUGCCUGGCAGGUGGCCGAGAUCUACACCCUCUGCAAAAACAACGGCUGGAUUCUGCCGACUGUGUACCAGGGCAUGUACAACGCCACCACCCGGCAGGUGGAAACGGAGCUCUUCCCUUGCCUCAGGCACUUUGGACUGAGGUUCUAUGCCUACAACCCUCUGGCUGGGGGCCUGCUGACCGGCAAGUACAAGUAUGAGGACAAGGACGGGAAGCAACCAGCUGGCCGCUUCUUUGGGAAUAACUGGGCUGAGAUCUACAGGAAUCGCUUCUGGAAAGAGCACCAUUUCCAGGCCAUUGCCCUGGUAGAGAAGGCUCUGAAGACCACUUACGGUGCCAGUGCCCCCAGCAUGACCUCAGCGGCCCUGCGCUGGAUGUACCACCAUUCCCAGCUGCAGGGAGCCCAUGGGGACGGUGUCAUCCUGGGCAUGUCCAGCCUGGAGCAGCUGGAGCAGAACUUGGCAGCAACUGAGGAAGGGCCUCUGGAGCCGGCUGUUGUGGACGCCUUUGACCAAGCCUGGCACCUGGUUGCCCACGAGUGUCCCAACUACUUCCGCUAGCU